AUGAAGAGAGGUUCGAAAACUUCAGCUUCGAGAUCACGACGUAAAAAGAAAAUGAAGCAACCGUCAUACGCUUCGUACGUUUACCGGAUUCUCAAGGAAAUAGAUCCGAUGAGAGGAAUUUCCAGUAAAGCAUUGGCCAUCAUGGAUCAUUUUGCGAAAGACAUUUUCGAUCGUUGUGCCGUCGAAGCUGCGAGAACGUGUUGCUCAGCAUUCCUGAAUCCUGAACAACACAAAACUCACGCUCGUCGCUUCGUUGCACUUUUCUUCCUACUCAGAUUGACUAAGCUAAACGCGAAAAGAACGAUGACAGCGAAUGAAGUGAGAACAGCGGUCAGACUUUUGCUCCCCGAUCAUCUCGGCUCCAAUGCGGUCUUACAAGGAAACAAUGCACUUGACAUGUACAAUGAGACAUCCAAUCGAUGCGCUCAGUAA